UUCACGUCAGCGGUUCCAGAGGAGGGGGGCUGGUUGGUGUUGAACACCGCGGUCGAGCACCAUUGACAUCAAUUGCAGCGGCACGGGCAGCUGUGAUGUCGGUGUAAAAGCCCGAGCGGCAAAGGAAUUGCUUUGCAAAUAAUAAUAACAACAGAAAUAAUAAGUGCACCGUUAUUGACGAGGGGGGUGGGUGGGGUGGUGGGUUAAAUUUGAUUUUUUUUCGUGUGUGUGUGUAAUUGUAAAGCGAAGGGUGACAAAAAAAUAUUUAUAUAUUCAAACAACAACAACACAACAACAACAACAGCAAUCAAACAAGGGCGAUUGAUCAUGGGGAACCGCGGAAUGGAAGAUUUAAUUCCGCUCGUGAAUCGAAUGCAGGACGCGUUCACGGCCAUAGGGCAAAACUGCAGCCUGGAUUUGCCGCAGAUCGCAGUGGUCGGAUCGCAGAGCGCCGGCAAAAGCUCCGUCCUUGAGAAUUUCGUGGGCAGGGAUUUCCUGCCGAGGGGAUCUGGGAUCGUGACGCGGAGACCCCUGAUUCUUCAGCUGUGCACGGCCGACACCGAGUAUGCCGAGUUCCUGCACAUGAAGGGCCGUGUGUUCACCGACUUCGAUGAGGUGCGUCAGGAGAUCGAGGCGGAGACGGAGAGGAUCACGGGGUCCAACAAGGGCAUCUCCAACGUGCCCAUCAAUCUGCGCGUCUCCUCGCCUAACGUGCUGAACCUGACCCUCAUCGACCUGCCGGGCCUCACCAAGGUGCCCGUAGGGGACCAGCCGGUGGACAUCGAGGCCCAGAUCCGCGACAUGCUGCUGCUGUUCAUCACGCAGGAGAACUGCCUGGUGCUUGCCGUGUCGCCCGCCAACACGGACCUGGCCAACUCGGACGCCCUCAAGAUGGCCAAGGAGGUGGACCCGCAGGGCCUUCGCACCAUCGGCGUCAUCACCAAGCUCGACCUCAUGGACGAGGGCACGGACGCUCGCGAGGUCCUCGAAAACAAACUCCUGCCGCUGCGACGAGGCUACGUGGGGGUGGUGAACCGCAGCCAGAAGGACAUCGAUGGCAGGAAGGACAUCCAGGCGGCGCUGGUGGCGGAGCGCAAGUUCUUCCUGAGCCACCCCUCCUACAGGCACAUGGCGGAGAGGAUGGGCACACCCUACCUGCAGCGUGUGCUCAACCAGCAACUCACGAACCACAUCAGGGACACUCUGCCGGCGCUCAGGAACCGUCUGCAGAGCCAGCUGCUGGCGCUGGAGAAGGAGGCGGAGGAGUACAAGCACUUCUCGCCCGAUGACCCCACGCGCAAGACGAAGGCGUUACUGCAGAUGGUGCAGCAGUUUGGGGUGGACUUUGAGAAGCGGAUCGAGGGAUCGGGCGACCAGGUGGACACCUUUGAGCUCUCGGGGGGCGCCCGCAUCAACCGCGUCUUCCACGAGCGCUUCCCCUUCGAGCUCGUCAAGGUGACCACACCACCAAAGACAAAGAUCCCCCGUGUAGCCUCAACAGACUGCUGG